AUUAAUUAUCAAAUUUUUAAUUUCCAAAAUUAUAUUUAUUUUUGUGAAUUAUAAUUUUUGAACAUAUAAGUAGAAGAUAAAUAAUUAUAAUUAAUCAGCAAUUUUUGACACUUAAAUUUAGAUAAAAUAUUUUGAGUUAUGAGCGUAAGGUCCUCUUCGAAGUAAAAGAGUGUAUAAAAUAAUAUUUCCAACUAGCUCACUACUAGCAAUAAAAGUCAGUCACAUAAUGUUUAAGUGGAGAAGGUACUGAAAAAGUAGAACGAUGAACUUGAAAAAGAAAUAGAUUAAAAGCUUAAAAAAAGAAAAUAAAUACGUGAUGAAGUUUUUUAAAUUACUGAUGAUUAUAAAAAACAGCUCAUUUAGCAGAAAAGUCAAUAGAGGAAUAUGAAGCAGGAGCUUGUUUCUCUAAAUGAGAAUCUUCAAAAGAUUGAAGUCGAAAAUCGCUAAUUAAAGCAAUCUUAUAUGGAAAGUUAGAAUAAAUUAGCUGUAUUGGAAAGAGAGUUGAAAUUUUUAGAUAUUUCAAAGUAGGGAAUAUCUGAAGAUUAUUAAACGAAUUUAAAUUAGGAAGGUAUUUACAAUUAAUUACUGAAGGAUGAGCUUUUUUAAAAAGAAGAUUAAUUGAAUCUUAUGCAAUUUUAGUUAAAUUAAUUACAAUUAUCUUGCAAGCAGCUUAAAGACUAAGUAGAUGAGCUUAGCCAAUAAGUAACAGAUAAAGAAAAUGAGAUUAAAGAAAUCGAAAAAGAUAAUAAGGAAUCUGUUAGGGUAGUCAAAGAAUAUCAAUAAGAAGCAAAAAUGCUUAAAAAUGCAAUCAUCGAAUAGGAAUAGUAAACGAAAUUGAUUAAAUUAAAAAUUGAUGAAGUAGUGCAUGAAAAAAACCAUUUAGAAACAAGAAUAAAUAGUGAAAAAAUUUAAUUUCAAGAUAAAUUAAAUAAAAUAACUUAAUAAAGAGAAAAAUUUGAAAAUAAUUUUAAGACCAACAAGAAAGUUCUUUCUAUUUAUGGUAUAGUAUCAAUCGUUAAGCAGGCUUAAAUUAGGAGGAGAAACGAUGUAUUUUUAACAGUUAAAAGCUUUGCUGAACUAAGAAAAUCCUAAGAAAAAGCUAUUUUAAGAUUCUUGAUCACAAAAGAAUAAUCAAGAUUUACUUAAUUAAGUAUAGGGUUCUAAUCUAUUAAGAAUAAAGUUUAUGAUAUGAAAAAGAUAAAAGAUUUUCAAUAAGAACUCUUAGAAUAAAAACUAAAAAUAAAAUCUAAUUUUAAAUCUUACUUGAAGUGGAGUCAGCUAUUUAAUUGCUAGCAGAUGAAAUAAAUUUAAAAAUAUGACGCUUCUAAAAAAAUAUAUCACUUAUAUUUGUACUUUGCAAAAAAUUAAAGAUUAAAUUAUUUCAAAAGGUGGCAAUAAAGAAUUGAAUACGAUAAAUAUGUGAAAUAGAGUAUUUCUCGUAUGGUGAACCAUUUUAAUAAAUUUAUUAAACUCUCUUUCUUCACUUUAUGGAAAUAAAAUAAUGAGGAGCUAAAUAAUUAAUGCUAACUAUAAAUAGUUGAAGAAGAUUUUGUCAGCAAAAUGUAUUUGUGCUAAACAUUUUCGGCAUGGAAAAGAGAAACCAUUCUUUCAACUAAUUAAAGAACUUUAGUUGAAUUAUUACUUACCUAAAAAGUUCAAAGCUAAAGGUAUAACUAAAAAAAAAAAAUUUUAAAGAAUAUGUUGAUCCAAAAGCUUUUGAUAGAUUAAAGAAAAGCAGAUAUUUAAAAUGCCUUUGUGAAUUUUAAGAGAAACAAUCUGAUUACAACCAAAAAAAAUGAAGAAGAAAAAAAUUUAGAAAUAGGAUAAAACUGUAAUGAAUUAAGUGAUCAGUAAACUAAUCUUUUUGUACAAAUUAGAGAUACAAACAUAAAAUGGGUAUUAUUUUUGAUAAAACAAAAAGUUCAGUUUAAACUAUUGAGCUAUAUAACAAAAUGGAAGUAUGUUGCUAACAUAAAAAGAAGUUAAGCUAGAUUGGUUUAAAUUAUUGUUUCUAAAAAUGAAAAAAAACUAAAAUUAAAUGCAGUUAAUUUAUGGGCAAAAUAAAUUAGACAUUGUAACUAGCAUUAAUUAGAAGCUGAAAAAUAUAAUUUACAAGAAAAACUUGAAUUAAAAUAAGAAAUAAAGAAAAAAUUAAAUUUUGAUCUCAAUAAAUUAAAUGAAGAACUUAAAAUAGAGAAACAGAAUAAAAUCAAUUAGCUAUUUAGAUAUUUUGAGAAGAAAUAAAUUAAAUUAUACUUUAAAAAAUAUAAUAACAUUUGUAACAAAGUGAAAUUGGUUGAAAAUAAACUUAGAAUACUUACUUCAAUAAUAAAAUCUUUCUAUGUAAAAAAUUUUUUUGCUGCUCUUGCGCUUAACAGCAGAAAUAACAUGACUAAAAAACAUUUAUUAGGAAAAAUAGUGAAAAUAUAUGAGAGAUUGGAAAUAAAAAUUUUAAAAUAGAGUUUUAAUGAUAUAUAAAAAAGGAUAUAAUAAAGAUAAAGAUUUGAAAAAAUUAUAUUAAAAAUAAAGAAUGUUAAAAAUCAAAGUCUAAUAUUCUAAGCAUUUUAGAGAAUCAAAAUAAUACCUUUGAAUUAAAAAUUAAAAAUAAAAAAAUAAAUAAUUGAUGAGAAUACAGAAUUAAUAAAUGAGCUAAGCCUCUAAAAAUCUGAUCUGUCAGAUUCACUGUAGAAACUUACUUAUGAGGAAUAAAAUUUACUAAAAAGAAAUUGCUAAAGAAAAAAAUUUAUUUUAUUCAAAUUUAUUAAAAACCAAACUUAAUAAAAACUUCAAUCUGUCCUUAACAUUUGGAAAAGAAGUUCUAAAUAAUAAAUCAAAUAUUUUGGUGGAAUUAAUAAGCUUUUUAUUAUUUUUAACAUAAUGGCUUUAAGAAUUGGUAUGAACUCUCUUAAAUUUAAAAUUCACAAUGAAAAAAGACAAUAAUUAUUAAAGGAAAUAAAUGUGAGCAUGAAUAAAAGUAAAACAUAACAAUAAGCAGCUUAAACAGAAUUAGGAAUUCUAGGCUAAAAAUUAAAUGAAAAAAAAGAUUAAACUAAUUCACUAAGCCAGUACCUUAAUAGAAAGAUUAAGAAAAAUGAGUAAAAUGUACAACAAUAAAUAAAUUAUCUAUUAAAUCAAAGAAAUAAAUAAAUAAUGAAAUAUAUUUUUUCAGCAUGGAAGAGUAAUUCAAAAAUGAAUGUCAUUGCUCUAAAAAUUAUGGAUAAUAUUAUUAAGCAAUAUUUAUAGAGAACUUCAUUUAAAUAUUUAAAGGAUUCUUAUUACUAAUAAAAAAUAUUAGAUAUUAGGCAUGCGGCUUUAAGAAAGAUUGCCUAUUCAUAAAUUUAUUUUAAAAAUAUUCAAAGAGCCUUCACAAAAUGGAUGAAAAAAGGUUGUUAAAUUGUAGAAUAAGAGCUUUUUUAAGGACUUGAUUUAGAGUAGUAAGUAGAAGAAAAAAUUAAUAAGUAAAGUAGCAAUCAACUAGAUGCCAUUUUAUUUAAAAUUAUUUAGCAAAGAUAAAGAAACUUGUAGAAAAAUAUAAUUCAAAAUUGGAGUAAUUAUAAAAAUAUAAAAGUAACCUAAAGAAAUUAAAUAAAAGCUUUCAUUAAAUCAAGAACUUAAAAAACGUUAUCAAACAUAUUUUUUGUGUUACUGAAAAAUGUUUAGAUUUCUCGUAAAUUAAAAAAAAUUAAGCAUAAACUCACACAUGAAUUAUAAAAUGAAAAGUUAAAGCAAAUAGCGUUUUAUUAUUUGAAAGAAAGGCAUUUCAAUUUGAAAGUUUUAUGUAAAAAGCUAGUUAAUUUAAUUUAAAACAGAGUUUAGAAAAGUGCUUAUUCAUAUUCAUUAGAAUAAAUUAGAAAUUAUAUCAAAUUUAAUAAAAAAAGCAGAGAGCUUUAAAGAAAUGCUAAAUUGCUCUCAAUCUAAACUAACCUUUGCAAAAAGUAAUUAUAAAACAUCUAAAUUUAUUUCAAUAUUUGGAAUCAAAAAGCUAACGAUCAUAAAAUGUAGGAAAAAUAAUUUACAAGUAUUUUUAAUCACCUGGAAAAAAGGAUUAAGAUUUCGUUUUUCCUUUAAUUCAAACAAGGUCUAAGAAAAUUAAAGGAUUAAGAAAAAUAUAAUAGAUUUUCAGAAUAAGCUUAGUAAAAGAGAGAAAUAAAAAGAAAUAUUUCUUGUUUAAUGGAUUUUAUCAAAGAAGAAAGAAUAAAUCCUAAAGAAGUGGAGGAAUUUAUAAAAUACAAAGAAAAUCAAAAUGCAUAAAGAUUACAAAAAUGUGUCACUUACUUUAUGUUAAAAUGCACAUCAGGAAAUAAAAAUGACUCAAAUGAAAAUUUACUGCUUCCAAAAGCAUUUAAUACAUGGGUUUCUUAUUAUAAAUAUAAUAAAAAUAUUAAAAAAGGAUUACACAUUAUAUCUAAGAUUAUUUAAAAUAGAGAGUUAAAUCUAAUAUUUUUAAUAUUUAAAAACAAAAAUAAAGAAUUUAUUGAAAAAGUUAAAAAAAUGACUAGACCUUAACUCAUUUAAAAAAUGAAAUACCUUUAUUAGUACUCCUCUAAUAUGGAAGACUUUGUUAAUGAGAAUUAUGGAAUUAUUUAAAACAUGUAAGCUUCCAACUAGAUCCUAUCAGAUGGAUACAAAAUAGGGUUAAAAAUAUGUUUGCGUUACUUAUCUAGGAAGGUAUAAGGCGUCAUGUAAAAGGGUUUUAACAUUUGGAAGUAAUACAAUACUUAAUGUAAUUUAAAUCUUUAAGAUAGAUAAUUCGAAUACAAAUCCUAAGAUAUAAUAAGAUUAUAAAAUCAUAUUAAUAUCAUGAAAUAAAAAAUAUCCAUAAUUUAAAAUGAAAACCUUGAAUUAAAAUAAAAUUGCUUGCAAGGGCAAGAACUUUCUAAGUCUUUAUAAAAGAUAUUGCAAGAGAGAGAAAAGUUUUCGAUAGAUUUAGCUGAAAAAAGCUAUACAUUGUAAAUACUUAUUGAAGACAAUAAAUCUUUAAAGUAAAAAUUACAUACUGCUCAAAAGUAAGCAAAUUAAAUGAUGCAUGAAUAUCAACUGUAACAAGCAUUAGCAGAGAGCACUAUUAUGUCUUAAAAUAUAUCAAGGAUAUAGGAAUGAUUUAUUAAAUAUAAAUAAUUAAUUAAAUAUAAUUAUAUAAAGGUAUAAAAUAUUUAUAAAUCCAUAAA